ACUGACAGCGAUUACAUAUGUAGAUAAAUUUCUAUUUCUUUACGCCGACCUCGUAAUGCAUUGACAACAGUCUCCAGAAGGAAAUCAAGGACCUGUUCUCUUAACAGAUUCUCUUAAUGGCUUCUUCUGCUUACUUUCCGAUGUUUCCCCAGAUCAAGCAGCCCAUAUGGACACGAUGAUCCUAGGCCAUUCCUCAGCAUGCUUUUACAUUCCAAAUGCCACGCAAUCGACGCCAUAGCCUCCAUAUCAUAAAUACCCCACGGUGACGCUGCGGAUGAAUGAAGAGCCUGACACACUCCAUGGCCCGCCGUUUCCUUUUUACAGCUCUCGCCUCAAUCACCGUUCUCUCCCUCUUCUACCUCUCCCAAUCCCCAUCUUCAGUACACCACUACAUCCAAUCCAUCCACUCUCAUCUCCCAACCAAACUCCAAUCCAUCAUGCCUUCCUACUCUCUCACUCCAAACCUAAAAGGCUGGCACUCCCGAUCUCUAUCCACACCUUACCCAGGCGAUCCCGAGGGGUACCAACCGAAAUUGGAGAACCUCGUGUUCGUCGCUCUCCAGAACGCCCAAGCGAUACCGGAAGGAUUCUCCUUGGCCGUAUUCAAACACGAUGAUCCGAAUCAGAACGUCGCAGUCGACGCAACGGGCAGAGUUUUGCUCCUAUCAGAAUCAGACUAUGCAGGGCUCACGACCCUCUCCCAGAAGAUUACAAUCGAUCUACCCGAUACAGGCAAUUUCAGAAAUACCUGGGUCGUCAACCAGUUGAGGACAUCUCAGCCUAUUGAUAGAUUCUUCGUCAAGGGUGCUCAGGAUGGGAAGUUGAAGGAAACCUCCGUUCAGGGUUGGUCUGAGGAUAAGAGAGAGUUGAAGGAUUCUGUCGGGGAAUAUACCGAGUUGCCAGAGACCUUGGCAGAGUUUGUCGGGCUUGUUAGGGAAGCUAGAGAAGGAUUUGAGUUCCGACAUGGGCAGACUGAUCCCCCGAUGGUCAAAAAAGUGAAGCAGAUACUUCCGGAUGAUAUCUAGGUGUGCCCUUCGGUUCUUUCUUUGUUAUUUGUCGGGACCAAUCCGCAAUCGAUAGGUGUAGGAAUCUCAAUGUAAACGAUACUCAAUGUACUAUGCAUCCCUUCGCCUUCGAUCAAUUCUAUCCCAUUCGACUAAGAUCGUUCCUC